GGAAGAAGAGGAAGAAGAGGAAGAAGAGGAAAAUGACAAUAUGCCAUAUCAAAUAGCAAGUCUGGUCGAGAAAAUGCUUAAGGAACAGGUUCACCUAAAGGAGAAAGGAACAUACAGUACUCAUAGCGGUAGAGGAGAAGGAGUCUCACUGAGUAUAUGGGACUUUGCCGGACACGACAUAUACUACACAACCCAUCAGGUGUUUCUGACGUGGCGAGCCAUUUAUGUGAUUGUCUUUGAUCUCAGUAGAAGUUUGGAUUCUGUCGUUCCCCCUGAAUCCAGAGACGAAAAUUAUGAGAUGGCUAAAGGAGGUGCCACAUCAGAACUGACAUGUCUAGAAUUCAUCAAUUUCUGGUUGUGUUCCAUCUACGCCCAUGCUGUAGUGCCCUCUUCGGUCGGGAAUAAGAACACGUCUAAAACCGCCCAGAAAUCUCCACCAAUAUUCAUCGUUGGAACCCAUCGAGAAAGUGUAAAUGGAAAUGCAGAAGAAAAAAUGAAAAGGAUUCACUGUGCCUUUGAGCAGAUCCGCGAAUCUAUCAAGAAGAAGCCGUUUGAGUGCCAUGUAGUCCCCAAGUUUUAUGCCAUUGAAAACAGCUUAGAGGACAAAGAUGAAGAGCUAGUCGAAUUGAAGAAAGAUAUUGAGAAAGUAGCGAUGAAAGAGCCUUACAUGGGAGAAGAGAUUCCACUCAGAUGGCUCUUAUUUGAGGAAGCUCUGGCUGCAGACAAAAACAAUUACUUGUCAUUAGAUAAGAGUGUUUGCUUUGGCGUCAAAAUCGUCGCCCCGUGCCGUCGGCCCGCUGGUGAGGGGUUUGGUCUUCAGCUCCUACUUUUCUUGCUGCUCUUCUGGGGAAGGUGUCGGCUUCACCACGGGUGUCUUCCCUUGGCCGUUUCAGAAGAAAUUUACGCCAAAUUCAGCCUUUUCUGCUACCGCUCUGGCAGAGCUUAG